AGCGCCACAAUACUUCCCGGCCGGAUGGAUACCUUGUGCGGGCGAACAAUCGGAAUGCACCCAGGCUGUAUUGGUUCGAUAUCGCUGUGCCAUUUGAAUUCAGGAAGGGACAAGAUGCCAAAGCUCUCCGAGAUCUGGAGCCUUCACAACAUGAUGCGCGAGGACCCCUGUCGUCGGGUUCCCUCCGGUAUUACAAUCGAGGACACGCAAUUGAGAUCGUGGCUCAGCAAUCGUGGGUUUCUCGCAGUUACAGAGCCUAUUAACUCCUUCAAGGAGAUUGAUGGUGGCAUCUCUCUUUCCUCAUUUUGCACAGACUCUCCAAGACAGUUAUGAAAUGGCAAAUUCUAAAUACCCCUUGCUUGCGCUUGAUGAAUCCCUUCUGGAAGAUGUGUAUAGAGUAUCUCCAUGAUGCGCAACAGCAUGCUGGUGAUAUCGGACUUUGUCCGCUCCUCAAC